UUGGAAGAGCCAGUAGACUCGAAAGAGUGAGCGGAGCAGAGGAGUUUCCGUUAUCCAUUCUCUGUUUUUCUUUCUCUCUCUCAAACCCAAACGAUGACAACUCGAACAAAACUCUAAUAAAAAAAAAAAAUUAACAAACCAAACCAAAUUAGGGUUUUUUUGUAAUCUGCCAAUUGCUUUAAAAAAAAUCUCUCUUUUUUCAUUGGUAGGUAUGGAUUCUGAUUCGAUCAACAAUGCUUCUUCUCCUUCAGCCUCUAACUGCAAAGAUUUCUCCAGAAAGAAGAGGAGGUCUGCAAAAUUGAAGCAGUGCAAACUGGAUGCCCGCCGUGAGCAAUGGCUUUCUCAAAGUGCGUUAAAGAACAACGGUUGUUGCAAGGAGGGAACCAACGGUGGCAACUCGAAGCAAACGCAGCGGGGUGAAAGGGACCGUUCCUUGGAGAAUCUAGAGAUGAGGAGAACUGCUGAGGCUAUCGGAGGAGGAGAAAAUGGAUCGGUCCAUCACGAUAGCGAUUCUGAGUCGUCGCCUUCAAAUAGUCCCACAAGCAGCAGCCUGUUGGGAGGAACGGAUUCCGGGACCAGUUUCACCAAUAGCAGCAGCAGUAGCAGCAGCACGAGUAGUGGUGGGUGCUGUUCCGGUAGCAUCACGGAAGAAGAAGGCGAUGAUGGAUGCUUGGAUGAUUGGGAAGCGGUUGCUGAUGCAUUGGCUGCAGAUGAUGACAAGCAAGAAACAGAGCGGAAUGAAAAUAACAGGGAAACCCCUUGUUUAGGACCGACUCCUGGGCGUGAACCAAAUACCCAGUUAGGUUCGAUUGGGGCAGGAUCAGAUUUGAGGAAUUCGAAGCCUGAGUGUCCAAGAAUAGUGCAGAGGACGACAGGAAGUAGCAGGGCAUGGAGGGCUGAUGAUGCUUUUCGUCCUCAGAGCCUUCCUAAUUUGUCCAAGCAGCGGAGUUUUCCAGCUACGUACCGGCAUUUUGGUCAAGGAGGGGUGUCAUGGGCGCGUAACAGUGCAUUUUCGGUGCCAUCAUCAUGUCCCAUAUGCUAUGAGGAUUUGGAUUUCACGGACUCAAGUUUCUUGCCCUGUUUGUGUGGUUUCCGAUUGUGUCUUUUCUGCCACAAGAGGAUUCUUGAGGAGGAUGGACGUUGUCCUGGUUGCAGGAAGCCAUAUGAGCAUGAUCCCGUGGAGGCUGAAGCUAAUGUUCAAGGAGGCAGUAUGACAUUUAGGUUGGCUCGUUCUUGUAGCAUGAGUGCAAGGUCUUAGGAGCAGUCUCUGUUUUCAUGAAUUAUGGGUAUGUGCUGUUUACUCUCCGUGCUAAGGCUUAUCUAGAUUUAGCUUUUUAUGUUAGAAAGGCACUAAGUCAGAUUUACUGAGAAUAUUUUUCACAUUUAGAGUGUUUCAUUUGUCAAAUGUGCUUUUGGUGAUCCGAGUUUGCUUUUUGUCGUUAUACAGUGAUGACUCUUGUUGUAUUUUGAAGUGAUACAUGAAUAUGAAUGAAUGUGGAUAAUGGAUGGAAGGAUAGCAUUCAUGUUUAACUGGUUAAGGUUACAUUGUUGAGUAUGAAACUUUUGGUUGCAGCAAGGCUGACAAUUUUAUUUGCCUUUUGUGUUCUUGAACGGUGGUUGAGAGGAUGGUAAUUAACCUUUCUAUCAAUUUCGCAUAAACAAUACUAAUUAAAACACGUGCUUUAGGUAGUUAGAUAUGAGAUCUCUGCUGUAAAUUUCAUCCCAUGACACUGUUAUAUGUGUCUACAUGUAUACCAUUCCCUCAUUCAGCUGCCAUGCUUUCUAUUUAUUCUUGCACUACUUUGAACCUUCCCAAAGGCUCUCCUCACUGCCAAAUGAAUGAAUGAAUAAAGUUUGCAUCUAAUAUUCUUUCUCUUCUUUUUUUUUUUUAAAUAAUAAACUAGAUGACCUUGACAAUCUUUAGUAUGGGAUACGAUGGUUUAGAAAUUCAGCUUUAAAACAAGAUCAAAAUAAGUGUAAUUUUUUUGGGAUACGAUGGUUUAGAAAUUCAGCAUUAAAACAAGAUCAAAAUAUGUGUCUAAUUUUUUUUAGUAUGGUAAUGGUACUUUAUAUGCUUAGGCAUCUUAUAAUUUCAUUGAUUUGUUGGUAUAUCAAUGUGUUAGUGUCUAAGUAAAAAUUGUUGAUGUUAGUAGAAAGAGAUGCAUGCCAAACCCGUAUGAUUUGGUUAAGUUUUAGCUUCUUCUUGAUAGUUCUAGAGUUGUAAAUGUGCUCAAUCUGAUCAGUAGACUUACCUCACCAAUCAGCCUUUGUGGAAGGUUUAACGCUUAUUUCUUGAGUAUUUUGCUGAGGCUUGUGGGAAGGAUUUCAUGUUUGGUUCAGGACUCUUGAAGAUAUUUAAAACGUAUUUGAUAAUAAUCAAAGGUCAAAAUGAGUAUUAAAAUGAUUGUUGAAUAAUACUAACUGCUGGUUGCUUCCUAAUAAAUCUUUUGGAUAUUUCACUCUUUUAGUCUGUAACACCUGUAUAGAGGGCGAAGACAGACGAAGACAAGAUUUUCCAAUUUCAAAUAUAGUAUCUCUAAGUAACUGAAAUUUUAAUUUAAACCUAUAUCUCCAACAGUUCUCUGAUGGUUCUUUUGUCCUUGUUGGGAUAUUCCCCUCCCUUUUUAAAUUUAACUCUGAUCUACUUUAGGUUCUUCUUUUCCAAACAGAAAUGUUCAGAUGUUGAUUUUUCUAUGUUUCCGUGUUUGGUUACACUUGUGCAUGGACAUGCGAAUGUUUUCUAAUGUUGUCUGUGUAAUAAUUCCCUUUGCUUGUUAUGUUAUAUGCUACUAACGUUUUGCAACAACGGCAAAUUUUGCACCUUAUCUAUGUCAUUGUCUCUGCUUCAUGCUCUUGCUAGUGGGUGGGAUCUUUGGCUUAUGAGACACUGCAUACGCUGAAGGCUCCUGUGUUUCUGUGUUUAUUAUUGUAUUGAGUGUCAAAUUCUUUUGCCAUGGUCUUGAUUCCUAAAAAUUAAUUUAUUGAUGGUGAUAAAGUGCAUGUUUUUGUAAAGUCUUUGGCUUGUCAAGAGGAAAUUGACUCCUGAAAGCGAUUACUGUUAUUUAUACUUUGUAUUGCUUUUUUUUUCCGUGUUAUAUUAGUGGUUAUGGUGAAACAAGUUAUUGUUAGGUAAAGGUUGAGGACUCUCUAUGGAAAUAUUGCACUUUCCAGAGUUUGAUUUGCACCUGUAAUAGUUA